UGGGAAGAGAGAGAGAGAUGUGUGUACACUGUCACACGAUUAUGUUAAAAUUGUAUAUUAACUAGCGUGUAAUACAUCACCACAGAACAUUAUCUUUUCUACAGAUAUGUGGUACCUCAUAAAUGCAACAAACCCAGAACAGAAGUACGUUCUGCUGGCUGAUGUUGAGAAUGUGGUGGGAAGACGAGACUGUAAGAUUCUGGUGGUUGGUGACGCGGCAGUGAGUCGGAAACACGCUGUCAUUCGGCUGGAACACCCAGAAACAUGUGUGAGUCAUCCUCACAAGUUUUCACUGGUCACGUUGAAAGAUGUUUCUAAAUUUGGGACUUGGGUCAACAAAGAGCAAUUGAGAGGGGAGACAACUCUCAAGGAUGGAGACGAGAUCUAUUUUGGAUCUCCAAAAUCCACUUUUUUUUUGGUAAAUGAGCCAUACAUUGUUACGACUUCCUGUUUGGAGAAUGUGUCGAAGAAAACCGUCAAAGCAAUUGUGCGUACGCUUGGUGGACAUGUUGUUAACGAGUGGAGAAAAGACUGUUCUCUCCUGGUUAUGAACCACAUUAGCGUUACCAUCAAGGUGAUUUGUGCUAUGGUAUCGCUGAAGGCCGUGGUAAUGCCAAAGUACCUGGAAGAUUUUGUCAGCUUCUUGAAAGGCGAAGGUUCUGAGCCAGAUACACAGGAGUAUUUGCCUCCGAUAGCUGAGUCGCAGGUGAACCCUGACAAUGUGUCAUUUGGACCUGAUGCAAGACGUACAACACUCUUUCGUGGGAUGAAGUUUAUUUUUCUAAGUCAGAGACAGUUCAAGAAGAUGAGUUUGGCUAUAGAACUAGCGGGUGGUGUUCCAAUUUUGAUGGAGGAAGGUACAGAUGACAACAGUGAUGAGGUGUUGACAGAAGAUGGGACGGUUGUGAUGAAUUGUGGUCCGGAUGAACAGCAGCUGCUUUCUGAAAACGGAAAGAGAUGGUUUCACCACGUUCAGAAUUACCUCAAAAAGAAACAGAAACAACUGAUACAGGACUCGGAGAUUGGUUACGCUGUGUUGUACAGUUCUACAGAACGUCACUGUAACCCAGACAUUGACACAGCUCAGCAUUUGAUGCCCCUACCUUCUCAGUCAUUAUCUGAAAGAGUUGCCGUUCCAUCUCAGCUUCCUGACGUGCUUGUUGAAAAUACAGAAAUAUCCCAGCAGACUAAAAGGAAUGAAUGUGGUGACAGAAAAACAAGUGUCGGUAGACAGAACUCACGGAGUGUGUUCGAAAUUAAAAUUGAACCUGUUGUUCAAGACAGAGUUGCGUCUACUGGAAAUAAAAGAGGGAUGAGUUCUUCAGUGUGUGAAGAAUCAGAAGAGCAUAGGUCAUCUGAAGAUCAAACAAUCAAACAGGAAAAAGAAACACCACAGAAAUCAUCUAAGAGUACAGAUUUACGGAAAAAUCUACAUUCAUCAAAAUUACCAUCCCCUGAACCAAAGGCAGGAUUACGAAAAAGUUUACGAUCUUCAAGAUCGCCAUCCCCGGAACCUAAGGCAGGAUUACGGAAAAGUUUACGAUCUUCAAAAUCACCAUCUCCUAAACCUACGAGCAGUGCUGAUUUGAGAAGAUGUCAGAGGUCACCACGGUCACCUUCACCUUGUAAAGCAAUAGGCGACAUUACCGAAACCUCUGUGAGAAAUACUGAAUCAGUGAGAAAAUCAAGUGCUAGUGUUAUUACUGAAAAAGACCCUUCGAGUGCCGAUGCUUCUGUCUUUAAGUCUAGUAAAGGAAAGGUAAAUUUAUACCCUGUUGAUGAAAAAGGUGAUGGCAUGACAUCCACUAGAUCAACUGCUUCAGCUAAAUCAAGAAAACAUGAAAGUUUGGGUCUGUUUGAUGCUAGUGAUGACGACGAUGUCCAUGUUCCUAAAUCAUCCAAGUCUGCCGCUUCAGCGGCUAAAUCGUCAAGAAGAUCUGGAAGUGAGGGUCUCUUUGACAGCAGUGAUGAUGACAAUGCUCCACCAGUGUCAAAAUCAUCUGCUGCUAGUGGUAAGUCAUCAAGAAAACGUGGCCUUUUUGAUGACAGUGAUGAUGAUGCUAUAGCCCCGAAGUCUGGUGCUGUUGCUAAACCAUCAAGAAAACGUGGCCUUUUUGAUGACAGUGAUGAUGAUGCUAUAGCCCCGAAGUCUGGUGCUGUUGCUAAACCAUCAAGAAAACGUGGCCUUUUUGAUGACAGUGAUGAUGAUGCUAUAGCCCCGAAGUCUAAACCAUCAAGAAAACGUGGCCGUGCUGAUCCUUUUGAUGAUGAUGAUGAUGAUGAUAAGACAUUUAUCCAAGGAAAGGAAGACAACAAAAAGAGGCGUACAGUGUGUGUGGAAGACUCAGAAAUGAGUUCUGUGACAGUCAAACGAGAAAAGGAGGAGAAACACACAGGCAGUUCUUCUCCUCAUAUGUUUGUGGACUCUGAAAGACCCGAACAGUCACCAAGGAAACACAAGAUUAAAGAGGAAAAUGUGGGCAGUGGGGUUACAAAGCAGAAGAAAGCGGAGCAGGGUAUGUCGUCAGUAAAACCAGAUGUGGCAGGCAUUGCUGUUGAUGACCCAGUUUACCAGGUAGCCGACAGCUGUCCUGUUGUCAAUGGUGAUGUGCCAGCUGGCUUUCUUACCACCAGAAAACCAAUUAAGCAUCAAGUUAUCAAGUCUGAAUUGUAUGAGAAAGAAGCCGAUUUGCCUCAGAAUGUUGUUGUAACGGUGUUUGUUGACCUUGUCAAACGACCAUUACAACCCCGGGCACGAGGCCAUGAUAAGGAUGUUCCUGAUGGAUAUGUCAAGUGGAAAGGAAAACUAGUCAAGAAUUUCAAAAAAUUCAAAAAGAUUAACCAUGCUGGCUCAAAUCGUUUACCGAAUAUUAUUGGUGGAAGUGACCUUGUGAUACAUUCCGGUAGUCAACGAAGAGAUCUUGAUGACUGGUUUAAAGAAGCUCUUGAUGCCGAGAGUCAACAACAGGAAAGGGACAGGGAAGCACAAGACUUAUUUAACUGGGAACCAUCAGCAUCACGUAGAAAACAUUCAAGAUAGUUUUACCUGCAGUGUUUCCUCACUUUUUGUGAGUAGUUGUUCCAUGGUAAUUUUGAGCCAAUUAAAAUGCUUGUACAAAAGACUGUUACAUCAUGUAAAUUGAUUACAUUACCUUUUUGGAGAACACAAUAAUUGCAUGUUGAUUAUAUAUUUUUAAAUCUUUCACUUAAUUUUAAAAAGAGAGAAAAAAAGAUUAUUAAUUAUACUAAUCAAUUCUAAUUCUUCAAACUUGCAUCAAAUGUAAAAUAAUAUUUAUCUUUAUCACGCAUGAUAAAUGGUGCUGUUAGUAUGGGGGGGGGGGAUGGGGGGGUCAGAGUUGGAAGGGUCAGACCGCUCCCUGGCCUCACCGCUUCAGAAAGAAAGAAAUGUUUUAUUUAACGACGCACUUAGCACAUUGUAUUUACGGUUAUAUGGCGUCAGACAUAUGGUUAAGGACCAUACAGAUAUUGAGAGAGCUAACCCGCUGUCGC